CAAUUUCGAUAACGGCGACCCAUGGCAAAUUCACCUGCUAGCGUGAGCCCUGAUGUGACUCGGGAAGAGUGUAUUUUUCAGUGAAAGAAUUUUUUAAAUCGGUUCAGAAGUUUUGGAGCCUAAGAGUACAAUGGAACAAACAGGCAUAGACUAUUUGAAUAAAAUAUGAGCUUAAAGAUAGAUCUUCUUAAACGGUGGGACAAGUUUAACCACCUAGCUAGAUAUAGAGGUAGAGUUUUCUCAAAGGCUUAAAAAUGUUAUUGAAUACAAAAUUACAACAGAUCUUUCCUUUAAGUGCUUAAUCAUUCUAUCAAAUACUAAUUUAUUUGUGAGUUUGUUCCACCAUUUCUUGUUCACAGCGAAAACAAAUAUUGAGUGGUGAAUUGCAGGCGUUUAUGGGGCUGUACGUUGGAAACUUAGCCUUCACAAAACGUGCUGAUUUUUAGCCUACUGUACAUGACGUUUUGUCUCAUAGCACCCAAAUUACAACGAAGACAUUAUUUUUAUAGAUUUUCUCAAGCUGACGUCGAAGCAUACGAACUCUUUCGCUACAAUCCCAAGGAUUUGCAGCCAUAUACUUGGAAGUAUGUGUACCAACAUAGAAAGAAGGAUGAAGCUCAAUCUAACGAGGACCACAAUGAAUAUGGAUCUAUACCAGAAAUUAACGCAAAACUGAUCCAUGGCAGAACUCCACCAUCCAGACAAGGCGAGGAAGUAUUUAAUGGUGGGAAAAGGGUGUCUUCUCAUAACACAAUAAUGACUGAAUUCAAGCAUAUGCCAACUAGCGCUGGUAUGAAAGUUUUCUACGGACGCCCCCUACCUGGACAUAUAAUCAUCUUGCCAAAUGUAAACAACGUUUUUGAUUACCACGGGAAACCUGUCUAAAAUACAGACAUGAUUUACGGACCACAUACUACCAGCACAGUUUAAAUAUUCUCUUAAACAGAGCUACAUGCUAAUGUUCGUAACAAUGUCACUCACACACGCCUGUGCUCGAUGCUCGACACUCAAUACUGACAGCACCGAUAGCAUCGGUAAAAGCUCGUCGAUGCACAUGCGUGUGUGAGUGACAUUUUUACGAACAUUGGUAGGUACCUUCACAACUGUACAUAGGUAUUUAUUUUGUGCUACUACGCAGGACGCUUCAGUGCGCGGCAAGACGCGUAUAGAAGCGUUAUCAGUAUCUCUCGUAUUUUGUAUACAAACAAGAGCGCACACACUCUACAAACUUUUUGUAUAUUAAUUAAUUGAUAUGGGCUCAUUAAUCAGUAUGAAGAUGAAUCAAAUGGUAGUGCAUACGUUACAACGAUCGGGUAUAUUAUGUUCGGUAUCCGACCGACUAAAAACUUUGAUUAAAAUCACAAUUUUCUAAAAAAAAAAAACUUCUACGGGCCGACAGUCGGCUGACUAAAAGUUUGUAAUGUGUUUACUGUACCAAAUCCCGCGUUUCGUUUUAAAAGUUUUAUUGAACUGUAUGUAAAAUGUAAGCUUUUGUAAUGUCAGCGAGUUAUUUAUUGUAUGAAAAAAUCGGUGUAAUGUAAUAAAGUAAGAUUAUAAGAA